GUCGAGCCGCGAGCAUCCCAUACGCGUUGUGUUGCUAUAGUUUUGUGUCUUUCGGUGCGCCUACUUUGAUAUCCCUUUGACGUAAACAACCGCAACUAUUUGCUGCUAGGUCACAUUAGUUUGAGCGGAGAUUACAAGAAUUGCUAUGAAGUGGACAGUUGGGAUUACCAUUUUGUUGGCGGGAUUACUGGGUGCAUCCGGAAUUGGCAUUCCGGUCCAAAACUGGCCUCUGCUGCGGUACCUGUACAUGCUCAGGACGGGAAUUCUAUUCGAAGAUUGCGGUUCCCAGUACGAUGUCCUCUCGAUUCGGCUGUCCAGUUGUUCCAGUUCGCCGUGCACGAUGCCGCGUGGGUCGAAUGUGACCGUAAAUGCUGAAUUCACCUCCAACGGUUCUCCCACGACGUCCACCCUCAAACACGAGGCCUACUUCAUCUUGAAUGCAAUCAAAACGAAAGCCACCAUCACGCCUACUACGUGCGAGGGUGUGGCUUGCCCCCUCCAGAGCGACCUCGGCCUACUGUUCAGCGCUUCGAUCUACGUAAACCCAACGCUUCCGGCGCUGCGCGGAAAGCUACGCUGGGAGCUGAAGAACGACAGCAAGGAGGUGGUGCUGUGCUACCAGGUUCCGAUUUCGAUCAGCUAGCUUGCUCGAAUGGGGGGAAGCUUUCGCGAAAGCUCGCGGAGGGAUUGAAGCGCCAUCUGGUUUUGGUUGCGAGUUUCGCGAGUUGACGGCGUGAGGCAAGAUGAUACGGUGAGACUUUUGUGAUUUAUGAUUCAAACGCUCGGUAUGAAAUGUGAAUUUAUUCUAGUCUUCUUGGAGAUUGUUUGGUGUUAAUGAGAAAUAUAUUCUGUUAAGCUGAUAAA